AUGGCCAUUGCUCGUUUCGUGGCUGGCAAACCUCUGGAGCCGCCCCGGAUGGUUGGCUCGGCCACCGCCUUUCAGAGCAAGGACGAGCAACUCUGCGUGCCGGCCGUGGCGGACAUUUAUGGAGGCUGUCUGCAAGGCUUCAAGAACAGCGACGGCAGCCCUGUGGAUGGGCCUGGUGAGAUUUUCUUCCCCAGCGGCGAAGUCAUGACGGAAACAUUCCGGAAAGGCUCGGGGCUGGGCUUCGCCAGAUUUGCUAGGGCAGAUGGAAGGCCCAUCGAGAACGUGAGCGGCCUGCCUAAGUCCCUCAGCAAUCUGACGAUGAUCAGUCGAGAGCUGCCUGUAGGAGAUCUGAAGGACCUCCCGCGAAACCUUACACACCUCAGCCUUCCACGAAAUGAUCUGCUCAAGGGACAACUACGAGGCUUGCCACGUUCCCUCGAGUACCUUGACCUCAGAGACAAUCUGCAGAUCGCAGGGGACCUGUCAGAGCUGCCCUUGACACUACAGCACUUGGAUCUGUCAUCCGCGAUGAACGUCCGCGGGAGUGUUGCCGCUCUACCAAGGCCACUGCGGUACCUGGAUCUGAGCCAGUCUGGUGAAUGCAUCGGGGAGAUACAAGAUCUGCCAAGGUCCUUGCAGCACCUCAACCUCGGAAAGGAUUACGACCUCACAGGAAACUUUGGUGACCUGCCCCGGAAUCUUACUUUCCUGGAUCUGAAAGCGUGGGAGAUCACCGGAGACUUCAAGGACCUCCCACCGAACCUUAGAUACUUGAAGCUGAACAUGCCGAUCGUCGACAGAGUCAACAAGAUCAGGGGCGACAUCAAAGAUCUCCCUCGGAAACUGAGAUAUGUGAACUUAUUACACGGCAACGGAAUCAAGGGGAGCAUCGCGGAUCUCCCUCGGAGCCUGACGUCCUGCAAGCUAAGCGGUGACAUCACAGGGGAUGUCAAGGACCUUCCGAAGAAUCUGACGAGAUUUUUCUUGGGACCACGCAGUACGCGCAAGCUUGUGGGGCAUCUCAAGGACAUCCCUGGGUCGCUCACUCGUGCCUCGCGACGAUUCAUUUGUGACACUGGUCUGCUGUUUCGACCAUCGGCCAACUGGUCGGUGGUGCGAACAAAGCAAGCAGCAGCGCAUGCAAAACGACGAUGCGAAUCUGUGCUGCACUUAUUCUGA